AUGAAAAUUUCUCGAAAAAAUUUAUUCGGCUCAGUCGUAUCUCAUGUUGGUUUAUGUGUAUUGGUUGCUGCCUAUGCGGUACUUGGAGCUUUUAUGUUUCGCGAAAUCGAAUAUCCAGCGGAACUAAAAUUUCAAGGGCAUAUUGAAAAUGAUACAUGGACGGUCGUCGAAGAAUUGUAUAAAUUUGUAGACUCAAGUGAUGUUAUUGAAGAAAGUGAAGUUAAAAAUAAAGCACAUGAAUUGCUCAAAAUUUUUGAAUUAAAACUUGUCAAUGCUGUAAAUUUUGAAGGUUUUGAUGAUAAAGAUGAUUCUAGACCUACUUAUCAAUGGACCUUUUCUGGUGCCCUUUUAUAUUCAAUUACAGUCUUUACUACUAUCGGGUACGGUCAUAUUUGUCCGAAGACUCCACUGGGUCGCGGAAUGACCAUCCUUUAUGCAAUGGUUGGUAUACCUCUCAUGCUACUUUGUCUGGCUAACAUUGCCGAAACUCUUGCUCAGGUAUUCACGUUCGUUUAUUUUAAACUUUGUUGUGCUUACUGUAGAUGGCAGGAAAGUAGGCGACGUAUAAGAAGAGCAGCGCUCAGUUUUCGAUAUCACCCUAAUGCAGCAAUUAAUAUUCGAAGAGGUUAG